UCACUUUUAGUCAAAUUACGUUAUGUAUAGAAUCUUAGUAAUUUGCACAGAAGCGACAGUUUAGUUCGCUUCUGUGCAAAUUAUCUGAACUAUUAUUGGACAAUUUCAUUUAGCAAAGUAAUAUUUUCGUUUAGGCCACGUUUAAGUUGAAUAACGUUUCACAUUUGAUACAUCGUUCAAACAUUUUCGAAUAAAAGGACAAUAUUGUUGACUGUAGAAGCAAAUAAAUUAGGAAUUUCUGAUACGGUAUCCCUUUGAAAUUUUCAUAUUUUAUAUUGCAAUUGUUUCAUAAAAGUGACAGUGAGGUGGACUUAUUACUUUCUUCUCACUCUCACUUUCGUAAAAAAAGUUUCGUUUUUAGGAUUCUGUACCUCAAAAAGGAAAAACGGAAACCUUAUAGGAUCACUCGUGUGUCUGUCUGUCCGUCUGUCACAGCCAAUUUUCUCCAAAAUGUGUGACCCAAAAAAACGGACAUGUAAUUUAUAUAAAGAAAAUAUGCUAUAGACAAAGUUUGCAUGCAAGUUUAACAUCUUACUAUACAUAGUAAAAUGUUAAACGAAACGUGACUUGUGAGUCCAGGGCCCUGGCAACACUGCUUCCUAUUCUUUUUCCUUUCGGACCUUGCGCAGCUUGGUGCCGGGCAGGCAUGGCGUCGCGUCGCUUGCGCCGGCACCGGUGUAUUUUCUUUGGUGAUGUGAGCAAUUAGUAAAGCAAGGGAAAUUUCUCGUAUUUGGCGUCAACAUUCAGUGAUCAGUGUGUGAUACAUGACAAUAACCUCUAACAAUAGUGUGCAAAAAUACAUUAAUCAGCCGGGUCCACACAGCGAGGCACGUCCUGUAUUUUUUUCUGUGUAGCGGCAUGUAUAGCGUCGUUGAGUUUGCUGAAGAUAGUGGUGGAGGGGUCAGUAUAGUUAGACGCGAAUGGCUGACGCCCGGGAAGCAGCGAUGUCUGUGGCCGCCCCAAAAAUUGAUGACCAAGUUUAAUAAAUGUAUUGAUGGAACGAUUACAGCUGACACGAAUUCCUGGGAAAUAUUCGAAAUAAAGCGUGUAUUCUAUGAGACUGAUAGUUUGGCAAAAGCAAGAGACAAAGAAAAACAAGCUGAAGAGGAGUCAGAAGUGAAUAGUGAUAGCAACGAUGUAUUUAUUCGAAAACGCAAAAAGACUAAAAAAAUCUAUGAUAGUGACAGUUGCAGUAAUUCAGAUGACAAUAACAUUGUAUACCCUACACCGCCAGCUACCAAAUUAGUAUUUCCUGCUAAAACAUCGGAGAGGGCAUCUUGUACAGGUGAAAAAUCAAAUAAACAUACUGUUUAUAGUGAUGAUGAUUAUGAGGCUUAUACUGAUGAAAAAAAUAGGACUUAUCGGAAGCAAGUAACUUCUUCGGUGCAAUCUACACCUGUCGGCUCAAAAUCCCAAAAGCAACGCUCUAGACCGGUAUAUACAGAACUGAACAAAAGUGAUGAUGAUACAGAUCUGAGCAUACGUGAAAAUUCCAAGGAAAGCUCUGCGAAGACUACAGACAGUGAAGUGUCACAGCUUCUGCAAAGUCCAAGUGGCCUGGAUAACCUAGACUUGACAAUAACACCAUUUAUAAAUGAGAAGCCAAAUUCACAAGCCUUAGAUGUCAUAGCUAAGCACUUAGCUCGAAUUGAAGCUGACUUGAAAGAGAUGCAAAUCGCACAGAAUGAGAUAUUAAUUAGGAUGCGAUCAUCUUCUGUCUCGAUGGAACAUUCACUGCCAGGGGAAAUAACAUUGCCAUGUGAGGACAGCAAGGACUUGAUUGAUAUUGAAAAGUGGAUAAACGCAGCUCCCGAGAACAGAAAACUUUUGAUAAAUCAUCUAAGCCUCGUGGGAGGUCCCAAGAUACCUGUUAUAAUACGAAGAAUACUGGAAAAGCUUUUUUCAAACAAUUUGGCAGUUCUUUGUAAUUGGACAGGAAAAAAUAAGAAAAUAGCUCUCAAGGACUUGGGACUAAUAAAAAUUAUAAGAGACGCAGUGCGGUUGAACCAGGUUGCAGCCAACGCUACUGAUGCUGAGAUACAAGAAAUAAUAUCAAAUUGGUUCAGAUUCACUAAAGACCGCAAUGGAGGACGGGAAGCCCGAAGAGCCAAGCAGUAGCAAACACGGUGUUACAAAAAAAACAAAAAAACGAAGUCUAGCUCGUAAGACAAUACAAAUCAAACAAGAGUUACGUUUACUCACUUCUCAUUCCAAUACUGAACAUGAAUCACUCUUAAGUGCAGAUCGCAGUUCUAUUAGGGAAGAUUACGGUACAAUUGACGUAGCUUCUAAUUCAAAUAUUUCAAUUGAUGACUAUACUCAAGAACCCUUAAGAGAUAUUGAUGUUCCAUCUGAUUCAGAGGAUAAUAUUAAUUCUUUUCUUGUAUUGUGGUCUAAGAAACAUAAUAUAAGUCACUCUGCUCUCAACGAUUUGCUAAAAAAGUUGCAACCUUGGCAUCCUUCUUUACCGAAGGAUGCCCGAACAUUAUUAGAAACGCCGCGUAAUGUAAACGUUAUAGAUUGUGCUGGUGGAUCGUAUGUAUACUUUGGUCUUGAAAUAUAUCUAGUAGAAAGAGCUUCUAAAGGCACAACAUCUAAAAACUACCCGUUCAUGCAACGAAAAAUGUCACAAAGAGAGUGUUCAUUUUUAUCAGUAACACUUAAUGUCGAUGGUUUGCCGAUACACUCUAGUACUACUCAUUCUUUUUGGCCCAUUUUAUGUAUUUUAGAUCAAUCUCCCGACAAGCAGCCAUUUAUUGUAGCACUUUAUUACGGGCAAUCGAAGCCCAACAAUGCUGCUGUAUUUCUGCGUCCCUUUGUAGAAGAAUGUUUACGGUUAGAGCAGAAUGGUUUAUAUGUUAAUGGAGUAAAGUUUGAAUUUCGAGUAAGUUGCAUCAUAGCAGAUGCACCAGCUAGGGCAUUUAUAAAAUGUAUCAAAUCUCACAAUUCCUUGCACGCUUGUGAGAAGUGUCAACAAGAAGGUGUAUAUAUUGGAAGAACUGUGUGGCCAUAUUCAUCUGAAUUAUCUCUUAGAACUGAUAUUGGAUUUGUUAAUCAAGAAUAUGAAGACCAUCAGAUUUUAAAAAGUAUACUAACAGAACUUGAUGUAGGGUUGGUCACUCAAGUACCACUCGAUUUUAUGCAUCUAGUUUGCCUAGGAGUUGUGAAAAAAAUGAUUCGUUGUUGGAUUGAAAAUGGACCGAAAGAGUGCAAACUAAAUAUUCGCAAAAUUGAUGAAAUAUCUAGGCGCUUGCUACUCUGUCAUAAUCAUUACCCUGCCGAGUUUUCUAGGCGUCCUCGGCCAUUGAAAUUAUUUAAGUAUUGGAAAGCCACCGAGUUCAGAGCGUUUGUCCUCUAUAUAGGUCCUGUUGUAUUGCAGAAAAUUUUCCCGAAUGGAUCUAUUUAUAAACAUUUUAUGAUGUUGCAUUGCGCGAUAUACAUACUAUGCAGUGAAGAUAUAUCUCAAAAUGAUCAGUGGCGGUCUUAUGCUGACAGCCUUUUGCAUUGCUUUGUAAAAAAUAGUCGAAUAUUCUAUAGCGAAGAAUUUACUGUUUAUAACGUGCAUAAUCUUUUGCAUCUGGCAGCAGAUGUGUAUAAUUUCGGAUCAUUAGAUUUAUUCUCUGCAUUUCCUUUCGAAAAUUUCAUGUCAAAAAUAAAACGAUUAGUUCGUUCACACAACAUGCCUCUAGAACAAGUUGCUAAGAGGCUGGGUGAAAAGUCCAAUUAUAGUCUGCCUCAGAAAACAAUUCCAGUUAAAAAGCAAGGAGGUAUAAUAAAAAAAUCCCAAUUUUUGACAAUUGUGUACUAAGUACAUGUCUUGGGGAUUCAUGCUUCGUAACUUUAAACGGUGAUAUUGUAGUCAUUAAGAAGAUAAAAAAAUGUCCGAAGUCUGA